GGCGAGCGCUCGGUAACUCGGCUCAGCCUGACAGCAAACCGCGGAUUCACCGCCGAUUUUAUUACUUAUUUCUACAAUUUAAUUCAAUAUCGCGGUUAUUUCGGACCAGUUUUACUGAUCAAUAAGAGAAGAAGGUCAAAGUGAACAGCACCGUUACUGAAAACCGGAGAAUUAAACAGAUAAUCAUGGGCAAAAAGUACCACCUUAAAAAAGAGGGGAGAAAAUACAAUGAAAAUGGAGACCUGAGUGGUGAAAAAAAUGAAAAUAAAAAAGAGAAGUCUGUGCAGGACCCAAUGGUGGGACCAUUGCAAAUAUUUCGUUAUGCAGACAGUGUGGAUAUUGUUCUAAUGAUAUUUGGAACCAUCAUGGCUAUGGCUAAUGGGGCAGUUCUUCCUGCUAUGGUCGUUGUGUUCGGAGACAUGACAAACAGCUUUGUGCAUGACUCCAUUAUAGAGAGUCUGCCUGAAAACGUAACUCUUCCUCCAGAUUUUAUUCCUUCUAAUGAAACACUUGGAGAGCAGAUGACAAGGCAUGCCAUUUACUACAGCAUCAUGGGAGGUGUAGUCCUUUUUGCAGCCUACAUGCAAGUGGCAUUUUGGACUUUGGCUGCAGGACGACAGGUGAAAAGGCUCAGAAAGUUGUUUUUCCACUCCAUCAUUAAGCAGGACAUUGGCUGGUUUGAUGUCAACGAGACAGGGCAGCUCAACACACGUCUAGCAGAUGAUAUCCUUAAGAUAAAUGAAGGCAUUGGGGACAAACUGGGCACAUUAAUUCAGUCCUUCACCACCUUCUUCACUGGCUUCAUCAUUGGCUUCAUUAAAGGCUGGAAGCUCACCCUCGUCAUCGUCUCCAUAAGCCCCCUGCUCGGUAUCUCAGCUGCAGUCAUUUCCAAGGUCAUGACAUCAUUCACCUCAAGGGAGCAGACUGCAUAUGCCAAGGCUGGAGCUGUUGCUGAAGAGGUUCUCUCUGCCAUCAGGACUGUCUUUGCCUUUGGGGGACAAAAGAAAGAAAUACAGAGGUAUCAUAAAAACUUGGAGGAUGCUAAGAAUGUUGGAAUAAAGAAAGCCAUUACAGUGAACAUUGCUGUGGGUUUCACCUUCUUUAUGAUUUACAUGUCAUACGCUUUGGCGUUCUGGUAUGGCAGUACAUUGAUUUUUGCUGGAGAGUACGACGUUGGAACACUUCUCACAGUUUUCUUCGCUGUUGUAAUAGGAGCGUUUGGCCUUGGUCAGACUUCACCAAACAUUCAGUCAUUCUCCAGUGCGCGUGGGGCUGCCCACAAAGUUUUUAGUAUCAUUGAUCAUAAACCAAGCAUCGACAGUUUUUCAAAUGAAGGCCACAAACCUGACAUGGUCAAAGGAAACAUUGAGUUUAAAGAUGUUCACUUCAGCUACCCCUCACGUCAGGAUGUGAAAGUCCUUAAUUGCAUGAAUCUGAAGGUCACUUGUGGACAGACUAUUGCUCUUGUGGGUAACAGUGGGUGUGGUAAAAGUACAACAGUCCAGCUGCUUCAGCGCUUCUACGACCCCCAAGGAGGAACAGUUAGUAUAGAUGGCAAUGACAUCCGCACUCUAAAUGUUCGCUGUCUAAGAGAAAUGAUUGGCGUCGUGAGUCAGGAACCUAUUCUUUUUGCCACCACCAUUGCUGAGAACAUUCGCUAUGGUCGUGAGGACAUCACACAGGAGGAGAUUGAACAGGCCACACGUGAAGCCAAUGUCUACGACUUCAUCAUGAAACUUCCCAAUAAAUUUGAGACCUUGGUGGGAGAUAGGGGCACCCAAAUGAGUGGAGGGCAGAAACAGCGAAUUGCCAUUGCCCGAGCCCUUGUGCGCAAUCCCAAGAUCCUCCUGCUGGAUGAGGCUACGUCAGCUCUGGACACAGAAAGUGAGGCAAUUGUACAAGCAGCUCUGGAUAAGGUGAGACUGGGCAGGACGACCUUUAUAGUGGCCCAUCGUUUGUCCACUAUACGCAAUGCUGACGUCAUCGCUGGAUUUCAGGAUGGGAAAAUUGCAGAGCUGGGAACACACGAUGAACUGAUGGAGAAAAAAGGAGUCUACCAGUCUCUUGUUUCAACACAGACAUUUAGCAGCACCAAAGCUGAAGAGAAACAUGAUGAGGACGAGAAGAGCCCAUCUGUCACCUCACUGACUGAGCGCACACUCUUCAGACAAAAAUCCAGGAGCUUUGUUGGUUCUCAGAAUGGACAGGAGGAUGAAGACAAAGACCCAGCAAAGGAGGAAAAAGUCCCAGAAGUGUCUUUCUUUAAAGUGUUAAGUCUGAAUAAAGCUGAAUGGCCCUACAUGGUGGUGGGUGUCCUCUGUGCCAUUGUCAAUGGAGGUUUGCAGCCUGCGUUUGCCGUUAUCUUCUCCAAAAUCAUUGCCGUGUUUGCUGAGACUGACGAGAACGUUAAAAGAGAGAGAGUAAAUCUUUUCUCAAUGUUGUUUGCCGGCAUUGGAGUCGCGUCCUUCAUUGCUCUUUUCUUACAGGGUUUUUGUUUUGGUAAAGCUGGUGAGAUUCUGACUAUGAGACUGAGGUACAAAGCCUUUAAAGCCAUGAUGAGAAAGGAACUGGGCUGGUAUGAUGACCCUAAGAAUAGUGUGGGAGCGCUGACCACCAGACUGGCCACAGACACUGCUCAAGUGCAGGGUGCAACCGGGUUGAGACUGGCGACAUUUGCUCAGAAUUUGGCCAACCUGGGCACUUCCAUCAUCAUCUCAUUUAUUUACGGCUGGCAGCUUACUCUCCUCAUCCUGUCCAUCGUCCCAAUCAUGGCUGUGGCCGGGGCCAUCCAGAUGAAGAUGUUAGCCGGCCAUGCAGUAAAGGACAAGAAAGAGUUAGAGCAAGCUGGAAAGAUAGCUACAGAGGCUAUAGAAAACAUACGCACAGUGGUAUCACUCACCAGAGAGAGCAAGUUUGAGAUCCUCUACCAGCAGAACCUAGUUGUGCCCUACAAGAAUGCUCAGAAGAAGGCACAUAUUUUUGGUUUGACAUUCUCUUUCUCCCAAGCAAUGAUCUACUUUGCGUAUGCCGGCUGCUUCAAAUUUGGCUCAUGGCUUAUAGAGCAAAAAAUGAUGACCUUUGAGGGUGUCUUCCUUGUAAUCUCAGCAGUAAUAUAUGGAGCCAUGGCUGUGGGAGAAGCAAACUCUUUCACUCCAAACUAUGCCAAAGCCAAAAUGUCUGCCUCUCAUGUACUAAUGCUCAUCAACCAAGUACCAAAUAUUGACAAUGGCUCAGAAGAUGGAGACAAGCCGGAUAAUUUUGAUGGAAACGUCCGCUUCAGUGACGUGUACUUUAAAUACCCAUCGAGGCCAGAUGUACCCGUGCUGCAGGGCUUUCGACUUCGGGUGAUGAAGGGCCAGACCCUCGCGCUGGUGGGCAGCAGUGGCUGUGGCAAGAGCACCAUCAUCCAGCUCCUGGAGAGAUUUUAUGACCCACUACGGGGCACAGUGAUGCUGGACAGUAGUGAUGUCAAACAGCUGAACAUCCACUGGCUGCGCUCUCAGAUUGGCAUUGUAUCUCAGGAACCUGUGCUGUUCGACUGCAGCUUGGCUGAAAACAUCUCAUACGGAGACAACAGUAGGCACGUCUCUCAGGAAGAGAUAGAGAUGGCUGCCAAGGCAGCAAAUAUACACUCCUUUAUUGAGGGCCUGCCUCAGAAGUACAAUACUCAGGCAGGUGAUAAGGGCACCCAGCUCUCUGGUGGGCAGAAGCAACGUAUAGCUAUUGCAAGAGCCAUCAUCCGUAACCCUAAACUGCUGCUCUUGGACGAGGCCACAUCCGCCCUUGACACUGAAAGUGAAAAGAUUGUGCAGGAAGCCUUGGAUAAAGCUCGCGAGGGUCGAACCUGCAUCGUGGUGGCUCAUCGGCUGUCCACCAUCCAGAAUGCUGAUGUUAUUGCGGUGUUGCAGAAUGGUGUGGUGGUGGAGAUGGGCACACACCAGCAGCUUCUCAACAAGCAGGGAGUGUACUACACCCUCAUCAAUGCACAGAUGGGUCACGGGACAUAGAAACUCCAAAAAAAUUAAAGUUUGUUUCCGGGACAGGAUGGGAACUUGGCUAUGGCAGAUUUGGGUCAACCAUGUGUAUGUUUAUAGUUAGAAUGGGCAAUUUGACAAUAUAUCAAAAUUGCUGGCAUUACACUUUGUUGUUCUGAGAGUUUCUUGGGUAUUAUAGCUUCUAUUUUCACAUUGACCAACAAAGCUGACUGGAUGUUAAGAUUUAUAUUUAUAUUCAUUAUUAAAUUUUUCCUCAUUUUCUAUGUUAAAUGUUUAAUUCUAAUCAUAAUAAACUAGCACUACUGCUUCAACUGCAGUAAAUCUGACCCAUUUUAAUCCUAAUUUACAAAAAUCCCCAAAGCUUAAUCAAAGUAACUAAUUUGCAUGUACAAUCAAAAACAUUAAUUACUGGGCUUUUUUGAAAGUGAUUUACUAAUAUUUACUCGAGGAGGUCUUUUUCCAUGAAUGGGCCGAGGCUGACAGAUUGUUCUCAGUAACAGUUGAGCUACACAGUUACUAAUCGUAAUUCAUUCAUUCUGCCAUUAGCAUACUAAUCGUAAUAUCAAUUAGGAUCCAAGUAAUUUAGAACUAAUUAGGUUAACUUACUAGUUAACUUACUAGUUUACUAAAACACACUAACAUUUGGAGGGGAAAACAGACUUAUGUGACUUAUAUUUUUUGUAUAAUGUAAUAAAAUAGUGAAGAUACUUGUUAUAAUUAUUGGAAAACAAGUAUGGUAAAUGUUCUUUAUUGCUCUAACAUAAAAAUAGGACCAAAGACCUAAACGGGUAAUCAUACUCCUUAUUUAUCAAAAUGUACAUAUUCUAAAACUUUUAUUUAUAAGAGAAACUAACAGAUCUGCCAUCUGUGAUUACACUGUAUCAUGUUCUACUGAUUUUUGUACUGGCUAG